AUGGCCACACAUGUGGCCAACCACAAGCGCAAAUGUAUUUGGAUGGUAUCUCUUUGGACUACAACGCGUCGUGGUAAUGACUUUGUCCCAUCCUAUGUUGUUCUUCGCCUGUUGUCUCAUGAGUGUCACAAGAAGCUAAAGCAGCGGUUAGGUGAAUAA